GAGAGAGGGGGAAACCGAGGCGGUUGUUCGGAAGGAGAAGCCGGAAAAAAGAGAGAGAAAAGAAUGGCACCGGUAGGUUUACCACCCGGUUUUCGGUUUCACCCGACCGACGAAGAGCUCGUUAACUACUAUCUCAAGAGGAAGAUCAAUGGCCUGGAGAUUGAGCUCGACAUCAUUCCUGAGGUUGAUCUCUACAAAUGUGAACCAUGGGAAUUAGCAGACAAAUCGUUUCUUCCAAGUAGAGACCCCGAAUGGUACUUCUUUGGGCCACGGGAUAGGAAGUACCCGAACGGGUUCAGGACGAACCGAGCGACACGUGCCGGGUAUUGGAAGUCGACCGGAAAAGAUCGGAGGGUGAUGUGCCAGAACCGAGCGAUCGGAAUGAAGAAGACUUUGGUUUACUACCAGGGGCGAGCUCCUCAGGGAGUUCGGACUCAUUGGGUGAUGCACGAGUACCGCCUGGACGACAAGGAAUGCGAGGAUACGUCGGGACUUCAGGAUUCCUACGCGCUGUGUCGCGUGUUCAAGAAAAACGGGGUCUGCGUCGAGGUGGAAGAGCCGGCUGGGCAAUCCAGCUUGGCCUUGAUAGAGACCUCGCCGGGGUUGACGAACGACUACGAGACCAUGUCGCCCGACACGCUCCUCGGGCAGUCCUCAUGCAUCGACGAGGAGGAAAAGGACGACUCGUGGAUGCAGUUCAUCACGGACGACGCGUGGUAUUCUUCAAGCGCCGCCCCGAAGGAUGGAUCAGAAGAAGUCUCGAUGCUCUAACAGGUAGGACAUCCGCAAGUUGAAGCCUGAGUUAUGGAUAUCGAUACGUGGUUGGAGGUGAAUAACUCGAUGAGCACAUACUUCACUUAUACAUAAUAAGCCAAGUGAUUUGUAAAUCUUUCUUCUACUUAGCUUUUUACCGCGGGGAGUACAAGUUGUUGCUACACACUCGCGAAAUGCCUGUUAGUUUCGAAUUCGUUUUCCACGUAGCAAGGUCGGGAGAUGACGGGUUGGAAUUGGAUGAGGCCUGAGGUCUUCGUCUGCUAACAAUGGUUUCUUUGGGCCACAUAAAUGGGCCCAUCUCUUACUGCACACUACGAUAAAUUGGACACAGCACAUCGUACCAUGUCCAGCCAAUAUGCUUGUCUAUGCUUUUUUGCGCCGUCUCACAAAAAAACUACUUAGGUUUCAAUUUCAGAAUGCACGCGUGUCGUAGCAGUUUCUUAAUUGGAAUACAAGAUAAUAUAUGAAGAUCACAAGUCACUUCGAUCAAACAUCUAGGGAUG